AUGUAGAGAAAGCAUAAAUACCAUGUUUAUACCCUCCAUCUAAUCAAUGAAUUCUUAUGCCAAUACUUUUUAUCUGUCUUUAAAAAUACUAUAUAUUAUAAUGUCAACUAAAAAGAAUCAUUUGAUUAAUUGUCAAUUUGGAUGAAUGAAAUAGAAUAACAUGCACAUCCUGAGAUUAUAAAAGUUUUAGUAGGGAACAAAUGCGAUUUAACAAGAGAAGUUUAAAUAGAGGAGGGUGAGUCUUUUAUGAAUAAUAAUAAAUUUAGUUUAUUUUUUGAAACAUCUGCAAAAACUGGGGAAAAUGUAGAGGAAGCAUUUGUAUAAUCAGCUAAGUUAGUACUACUAAAGUAUUUUAGUAGUGAAUCAUUUAGAUAAGCUACAAGAGUAAAUAAAAAGUCAGGUGAUCCAAUUAAUAUAAUUAAAUCAUUUUCUGAAACUUAAUCAUUUGAAGGACACUCUCCAAAUAUAGAUAAAAAUUAAAACUAAUCAAGUUGUUGUUGA